CACAUCCAGUCACAUUAAAUUGGCAAAAUGAUGCGACGUUUUUUGAGAAGGGUUCCCCAAAUUGGGAGGUCAUUUUCUACGGCGUCUUCCGGUGCCACCAAGCAGAUGAACAUGUGCACAGCGAUCAAUGAUGCCCUCCACAUUGCUAUGGCAGAAGAUCCCACAACCACCAUUUUCGGAGAAGAUGUAGCCUUCGGAGGCGUCUUUAGGUGCUCUGUAGGGCUUUUGGAACGCUUUGGUGAAGAUCGUGUGUUUAACGCGCCUAUCUGUGAGCAGGGAAUCGUCGGAUUCGGUAUUGGUAUGGCAGCAUUGGGAGCUAAUGCUAUAGCUGAGAUACAAUUCGCCGAUUACAUAUUCCCUGCGUUCGACCAAAUUGUUAAUGAAGCUGCCAAGUUCAGGUACCGAUCUGGCGGUAGCUGGGAUGUAGGAAAACUCACUAUCCGAUCAACCUGGGGAGCUGUUGGACAUGGUGGGCUGUACCACUCACAGUCCCCGGAAUCACAAUUCGCACAUGCCGCAGGACUCAAAAUAGUUGUGCCAAGAAGCGCUUACCAGGCAAAAGGUCUGCUGUUGAAAUCUAUCAGGGACCCUAACCCGGUAAUCUUUUUCGAGCCCAAGGCACUGUACAGGGCUGCCGUAGGCGAUGUACCAGAAGGCGACUACGAACUGGAACUAUCUAAGGCCGAUGUAGUGAAGGAGGGUAAAGAUGUAACCAUGGUUGGAUAUGGUAGUUCAGUAAAUUUGAUGCUAAAGGCAGCUGAACUUGCGAAAGAGCAACUUGAUGUUGAUGUGGAGGUCAUCGACCUGCAGACUAUCCUGCCAUGGGAUGUUGAAACCCUGGACAAGUCAGUAUCCAAAACGGGAAGGCUGAUAAUCACUCAUGAGGCGCCUAAAACACUUGGAAUGGGCUCGGAAAUUGCAGCUACCAUGGCUGAAAGGCACUUCUUCAAAUUAGAAGCACCCAUUGAGCGCGUCUGUGGAUACGAUACGCCGUUCCCAUUGGCCUUUGAAAAAUUCUACCUACCCGAUCAAUUCAAAUUGCUGGAAGCCAUCAGGCGAGUAUGCCAAGUAUAACAUAUCCAACAUAAAACAUUGUACUGUGUAAAUAUAAUUAGUAUU